UUAAAGAACCCAGAAAGAAAGUAUUUUUGUUGGAACAAUUUAUUGCCCAAAGGCGUUACGUUUGGUAUCCUUUAAGAAUCUGUUGCUUAGAAGCUGAAGCUGAAAUUGAGCAGUUCAAGUACAGACUACAGAUAAAUAAUAAAACAAUGUCCUUCAAACCGCAAGGAAUUGGUUUCCAUUGAGACAGAAAAGAAAAGGUGUUGGGCUUUUACUUUGGAUUUGUAAUGGCGUUUUUCUCUAUGAUUUGUUGCAGGAAGGGCGUCGAUCGGAAGAAGGAAAAGCAGCAGCCGACAUGGAGGAUUUUUUCGUUGGAAGAAUUGCAUUCAGCUACCAAUAACUUUAAUUAUGAUAACAAGCUUGGAGAAGGGGGGUUUGGCAGUGUCUAUUGGGGUCAGCUACGGGAUGGAUCGCAGAUAGCAGUUAAGAGGUUGAAGGUGUGGUGCAAUAAAGCAGAAGUGCAGUUUGCAGUUGAGGUUGAGACAUUGGCAAGGGUUAGACACAAGAAUCUACUGAGCUUGCGAGGGUAUUGUGCCGAAGGGCAAGAACGUCUGAUUGUAUACAACUACAUGCCUAACAGGAGUUUGCUUUCACAUCUUCAUGGACACCAUUCGGCAGAAUGUCUUCUUGAUUGGACCAGAAGGAUGAAUAUUGCAAUUGGCUCUGCUGAUGGAAUUGCCUAUCUUCACCAUCACUCAACCCCACACGUAAUUCAUCGAGACAUCAAAGCUAGUAAUGUGUUGUUAGAUUCAGAUUUCCAGCCUCAGGUUGCGGAUUUUGGAUUUGCGAAGUUCAUCCCAGACGGUGCAACACAUGUGACUACUCGAGUUAAGGGUACUGUCGGCUACCUUGCCCCUGAAUACGCUAUGUUAGGAAAAGCUUCAGAGAGUUGUGAUGUAUACAGUUUUGGAGUUCUUUUGCUUGAGCUUGUCAGUGGUAAGAGACCGCUAGAGAAGGUGAGUGCUUUUUUGAAACGCCCGAUUGCAGAAUGGGCUCUCCCACUAGUUUCUGAGGGGAAGUUGAGUGAAGUGGCGGAUCCAAAGCUGAAUGGUAAGUAUGUGGAAGAGGAGCUGAAAAGGCUUGUCCUUGUUGCACUUGUUUGUGCUGAUAAUCGGCCUGAGAAAAGACCUACCAUGCUUGAAGUUGUUGAGCUGCUCAAAGGAGAGUCCCAACAGAAAUUAAGUGAACUAGAAAAUAAUGAAGUGUUCAAAUACCCACAGUUUGCUGUUUGUAAUGAUGAGUCGUCGGGCAUCGAAGAGAGCUCAGAAAUAAUCAAGGAAAAGUAGCAUGAACCGGUAAAAGAAGAGACCGGACACAAAAGCCCUCAAGAUUGCUAACGCCAUGGACAAAUUUGAAGAAUUAGAUGUCAAGCUUUUGU